AUGGAGUUGGAGGAACGGUGGGCGCAGUGGCUAGGCGGGUUCAAGCCUGGUUCAGUAAUAUCCUGUGCACUUGGAAGCCAUAAUUUCCCCGAAAAGGACCAGUUCCAAGAACUACUCCUGGGGUUUGAGCUAACGGGCCUGUCCUUCCUAGCAGCCCUAAAACCACCAUUAGGAGCUGCAACCAUUGAAGAGGCCUUGCCGGAGGGGUUCCAAGGGAGGGUUGGAGGGAGAGGAGUGAUUCAAGGAGGGUGGGUGCCGCAGCCCUCAAUCCUGAGCCACUGGGAGUCCUUGAUGAGUGACCCCCAGAUAGUGCUGGUACCAGAGCUUUCUGACCUAAUGUUCAGAGCUAGGCUAUUGGCUGAAGAGCUUAAGGUUGCAGUGGUGGUUGAGAAUAUUGUGCCCUACAUUUUACAAUAUUUGAAUGCUAUGACUUUAUGA